AUGGCAAAGACUUAUCCCCCUGUACAGCCUGGAGGCAGUUUGAUCUUGGCAUGGCAAAUCAAGCACAAGAAGGUGCUUGUUGUCGGCGGUGGUGAGGUCGCUGCUGGUAGAAUCUUAAACUGUCUCAACGCCGAUGCCAACGUCACUGUCGUGUGCCCCAAGUCCGGCCUCAAUGAUGAAGUCGCCUACCGAGUCAGCGAAGGCCAAGUCGCCCACGUCGACCGAGUAUUCGAGCCCGAAGAUCUAGACGGAGCCAGCAUGGUUCUGGUCGCUAUUGACGACCCCGCCGCCUCGACCGUCAUUUGGAAGCUUUGCAAGGAGCGAAGGAUUCCAGCCAACAUCGCCGACGUACCACCCGAAUGCGAUUUCUAUUUCGGCAGUAUUCAUCGCGAUGGUCCCCUCCAGAUUAUGGUCAGCACCAACGGCAAGGGACCCAGGUUGGCGGCGGCCAUUCGACAGUUCAUCGCCAAGCAACUACCCAAGAAUGCUGGUAAUGCCAUCGAGACUAUUGGUGAACUACGACUCAGAUUAAGAAAAAUGGCCCCCAAGCCUGAGGAUGGACCCAAACGAAUGCUUUGGAUGUCCAAGGUUAGCGAUACCUACAAGUGGGACGAGAUGUGCGGCCUCACAGACGAAGAUAUGGACAAUCUCCUUCUGUUUUAUCCUGCCAACAAAGUUCCUGCGAUGGACGUUCUGCUAGCUCUCCGAGGAGGCACCGACGUCAAGAAACUCGACGUCUUUGACGGCUCAUUCGGCUUCAGUGUCGGCGCCUAG